AUGUCGCGAACAAAACAGGGUCGUCUACUACGUCUCAUUCAAACUCCCGUAUCUCCAGAGAUAGUCAAGUUUCUUGUGCAAAAACUGGCCUCGCAACUUGCAGAGACUGCACCAACAGCUCCAUCAUUGACGCAGUUCAUCACCAAUCUGAUAAAUGCGUCCAAUGUGCCCAUGACAACACUAUUGGUCACAGCCACAUACAUCGACAGGUUUUUCCAACUCGUGCAUUCUAAACAAACUAUACCACAUCAUGUCUUUUUAGGAUGUCUCAUAAUAGCAACGAAAUUUGUCAAUGACUACUCCAUUAAAAACCUAAAUUGGUCCCAAUACACUGACUCUUUCAUACCCAUUCAUCAAGUAAACCUCAUAGAGAGACAAAUACUCAAUUUGUUCCAGUAUAACCUGACUUUGGGUGAGGAUGCAAUCCUGCAAUCCAUGAACGGAUUUAACACAAACAGCAUACCAUUAAUCUCCAAGGAAUUCGUCGCCAUAGACAUGGAUUAUCCUUCUGCAUCUUCAUUAUCGUAUCCCUCGCCCCCCAUGUCACGGUCAUCAUCCAUGGCGGAAUCGCGCUCAUAUUCUAAUACAACUGCAUCUGUAUCAAUGGAGGAUGAGGACGACUUUAUACCCUUUUGUACAAAGACGUUUGCAAAGGUGAAUAAUCUAAUACCCUCCCUGGAUGAAAAGCAGCGUUUAUUGCUUUCGUCAACUUCAUCCUCCAAUUCAUUUUCAAGCUCAUGCUCAUACUCAUACUCAAACUCAAACAGUAACGAUAGCAAUUACACUCUGUCAGGUUGGGUAUCCUCAUUCUUCCCUUAA